AAAUCUUGAGUGACAGUCAUUCAUGUUGGAAAGAUGUGAAAUUUCACCUUUCUUAGUAUUACAGCAGUUUCUUUAAGUCAUAUGAAACAGAAUAUGGAUGGAACGGAAUCUCUUUGCUCAUCAGUGCUAGAGGAUGAGGAAGAUUCUUCAUCAUAUUCCAGUGAGAAGCAUUCUGGCAGCCUCAUCAAAAACUUUGAGUACUUCAGAAAAGAGGGGGGCUAUAGUGACAUCACACUCCAAGUUGGGCAGAAAUCUUUUCCUUGUCAUAAGAUCAUUUUAGCUGCCGGUUCCCCUUAUUUUAAAUCUAUGUUUGAGUCUGGUAUGGAAGAGAGCAGGAAGACUUGUAUAGAGAUCAAGGAAGUAGAUGAGAAUGUUUUUGAGAAGAUACUUCACUUCAUUUACACUGGAAAAGUAGAUAUUAGUUCUUUAAUUCUCCAAGAACUUUUUGGACAAUCCUGUAUGUUUCAAGUUACAGCUUUAGUUGAUCUGUGUGUGAGACAUUUCCGUCUACACAUGACAGAGAAUAAUUGUUUAGUGGCACUCACACUAGCUGAUUCACAUGCUCACAAACAUUUAUACAACUAUGCUAAAGAGUAUGUGUGCAUGAACUUUCAAGUUGUGUCUCAAGAGGAGGACUUCUGCAGGCUGUCAGCAGAUUGCAUCAAAGAUAUUCUCUCGGACAGUAAACUGGAUUGUGAUGGUGAAGAGCAAGUUUUUGAGUUUGCCAUAAAGUGGCUAGAUUUUGAAGGAGAGAAAGAGAAGAGAAAAAAUUCUGUGUUCAAGAUACUAAGCUGUGUAAAGUUUCCUCAAAUGAAAAGAAGUUAUCUUACAAGUGUUGUGGCAAAAUCUCCAUACCUAGCAGAUGAUGAGGGGAAGGAAUUGCUGGAAAAUGCAAUGAUCUAUCACCUACUUCCUGCCAGAAGGCCAAUGCUGCCCUCUUACCAGAUCACUCCAAGAUCAUCAACAAAAUCAGCAAAUGUAGAGGUCGCUGUUCUUCUUGGGGGUCGUCUUGCAGAUGGUUUGAGUAAUGAUGUUGAGUGCUUCAAGUCAGAUUCCAGGGAAUUUUUUGCUUUGAAACAGCUGCCUUUUAAGAAAAGAAAUGAAUUUGCUGCAUGUGUUCUGGGUAAUGACAUUUAUGUUUCAGGGGGAUUGAGGAGUGGAGAGUUCUGGAAGUUUGAUUAUGACUUUGCAACCUGGAUUCGAGGAACCAGUCUUUUACAGCCCAGACGAAGACAUGCUAUGGCCCCAGUCGAUGAAAGUAUCUAUGUUUUAGGGGGAUUUGAUGAAGACAGUGUUUUGCAUUCUGUGGAAGUAUGGAAACCUGGGAGUAAACAGUGGAAGUUUUAUGGAAGUUUAGCUAGCCCAGUGGAGAAUAUGGGAUAUGUGGCAUAUGUCAACUGUAUUUUCCUUUUUGGAGGGAAAAACCAAGAAGAAGUGGUGACAAAUACUGUCCAAUGCUUUGAUACUGAAACCGGCCAAGGCACAGUCCUAGAACAGUCCUUGCCUGCAUCUGACAUGUGUGUUAGUGCAGCAGUGUUGAAUAAUUACAUUUAUGUGGUUGGAUUAGAGGGUUCCUUCAAAUUCCACCCAGACAACAAAACUUGGGAUGUUUUGCCGGACAUGUCAUGUCCAAGAGACUUUGUAAGUCUGACAGUUCUGGAUGAGAAACUGUAUGCUUUUGGGGGGAGAAGAAGAGGGGCACAGUCAGAUUUAUAUACUGACAUCAUUGAGUAUUUUGAUCCUGAGAAAAAUGUCUGGGAAAGGUGUGGGACUAUUCCUGUUCCAAUGUAUUCCUAUGGAUGUGUCCGUGUCAUUCUUGGAGAAAAUUAUUUAAAUGCAGGCACCAGCAACCUCGCCAACAGCUGAAUCUGACAGAAUGUGUGUAUUUCAAAAAAAAAAAAUAUUAGGGUGCUUCGUGAAAUAACAUGCAGGCCAUCUCUUGCUUUAUUUCUAGACACAAGUAUUUUACAUAAGUUAAACAUGUUGCAUUGAAGCUUCGUACUUGGGAAGGAUUAGAUAACACUUUUGUUAUUUGUUGGCAGAAUGGUAGAUGUGGUACUGUGGAAUCAUUUUAAUUCAUGGGGGUCAAUGUUCGUGGGCAAGCAAAAUUUUAUUGUUCGUGGGGACGUAAUUUUGUGGGUUACUUGUUUAUAUGGUAGAUUCAAUGAAUCAAUAUGUUUACAAAUUAAACUUUGUGGGGAUGUAAAUUCAUGGGUAAUGGUGACCCAUGAAAUCCACAGACAUUGGUCCCCCCACGAACAAUGAAGCUUCCACAGUAUGUUUUUUUUUUGGGGGGGGGGGGGGAGUUAAAAUUCAAUGCGAUACAUGUGUAUGUGCAUUAUUACAGAUAUUAAUUUUUCCAUAUAGAAAUUGAUCAGACCACAUUAUAUACAGAGUAGGUAGCUGUAUGCUAUUAUUCUAAGAAAAAAUAUGUAGUCACAGACUCACUGUAUAUUUGCUUAAAUAUUUUCAUGAAGAUGUUGUCUCAAACAUGUCAAACUUCUUAAAAAUAUAAGAAGGGGAUAAUUUUGUAAUUUUUAUCACUGUCUCUCUUAAAGUAGAUCUAGUGUAUUGAAUAUAAUUUCAUAAAAAAUUAUAUAGUGUUGAAUAUACUUUUAUUAGUGUUAUCCAUAAUAUUGUUAAUUUUUUACAUUAUUUUUUUUUCAUUUUGUUCAAUUAUACUGUGUUCAGUAAUUAAAGUCCAUUGAUUGAGUCAUAAAUGUUGAGUCAUGAAUAUUGCAUGUGAAAUCUAUGGGCUUAAACAAAUGAUGCCAGUAUUUGUUGCUUUUUUUUUUUUUUUUUUACAACUAAACUAAGUUUACAACUAAUAAAAAUGUUAAAGGAGUAAAGAACUAGUGUGUGAAAAAAGAUGUGUUAAUUUGCAUUUUACAUGCUGUUGAAUUUACAGUAACUCUUACAAUUAUGCUUGUUUAGACUCCAAUAUUAUUGUGUACAACUGCAAAAUGUUUUUUUUUUCAUACUGUGGCUUAUUCCUAAUUUUUGAUGACCAAAAAAAAAAAAAAAAAAAAAAAAAAAAUAGAAUAGACUAGCAUUAAAUGUUAACAUUAUAUUUACCUUUACAUAGGUCACAUACUUAUAUUUUUAAACUUGAUUUUAAUGAAAUUUUAUACAUGUACUUAAUGCUUACAAAGCUUUGACUUUUCAUUUAUUCUUUAUGUACAUGUAAGUGGUGGGAGAUCAAUGACCCUGUCUUUUUCAGGAAUUUUGACACACAAUUUAAAGCAAUAUGAGCUGCAUUUUUUGAGAAUUUUAUUAUGCUUUAAAAUGUACUAUUAUGAUAAUUCUGCCUGUAACAUAAAUCUUGUGAGACUAAAACUAAGCGUUAAGUUUUAUAUAUGAAAAGAAAAAAAUUGUACUGUGGAAUGUAUAAUAUUGAAUUAGGAAUUGAUUUUUGUAAUGGAUGACAAUAUUUGCAAUUUUGCUUUGAAUAGAGCUUCUAAUUAGUUUUCCCAAAGCAGAUACGUAAAACAGAAGCAUUUUUUUUCUGUCACUGAAAUUAUAGUAUGGAUAUUAAUUUAUAAUUUUGAAGUAAAAAAUUUAAAGACACAAAAAACUGCUGCAGCCUCAUAUUGUUUUUAGAACUUAAAAUAGUUUACUAGUAUUUGUGAAAUGUACACUUAUACAGUAAUACACUUUUGUAUUAAUAAAUCUUGGUUAAAAAGAAGCAAAAAAUUAACAGCAUCCAAAAUAA